UUAAUGACUUCAAGCCUGUGGGAAUCGUGGCACAAAGGAUGAGGCGCUGAAACAAAGGCGCGUGCGGAGACGCUCCCAGAUUCUCCGUGUGAUUCUCACAACAUAUUUAGCGCUUUAUUUGCUUUCCUCAGAGUGAUGCCAAGCUGCUGAGAGUGAUGUUGGGUGGUCUCACGCUGACGGACGGUGUAGAGAGAGAGAGAGUUAGGCGUGCAUCUCUCGCGUCUCUCCUCCUCAUCCUCAUCCUCAUCACUGCGCUCGGGUGCUGAACGAGCAAACGCUGAGCAUGUGAAGUCUUAUAGUCUCUCUGAACUGUUAGAUUAGCUUUAUUUCGCUCUGAUAAGGUGUGAUCAUCAUGAAAUUCCCGUUAGAGAAUCCGAGGAAACAGGUGAACUGGGACCCUGAACAAGUGGCUGUUCAGACAAACAUCGUCCCGCCGAAGAAGGUCCAGUCUGGUGCGGUCCAGUCCAGUCUGGUUCAGGCCAGCGUAGCGGCCAUGCAGAACCCGAUGGGCUGUGAGGUGAAAGUGAACGGUCACUGCGUUCUCCCGCGCCUCUCCAUCUCGUCCCGCUCGGCCAGCGUGGUGACGGGGAUGGACGCGGGCGCAGACGGGUCUGCUCUGCACUCGGUCAUGAAGUGGAAGACGGUGGUGACCGUGUUUGUGGUGGUGGUGAUGUACCUGGUGUGUGGCGGUCUGGCCUUCUGCGCGCUGGAGCAACCCUUCGAGAGCAACCAGAAGGACAGCAUCACGCAGGAGAAGGCCCUGUUCCUGCAGAGGAACCCCUGCGUCUCUCCAGCCGAGCUCGAGGCCCUCAUCAAGCAUGCAGUGGAUGCGGUCAGUGCUGGAGUGAGUCCCAUUGGAGACACGUCCAAUAACUCCAGCCACUGGGACCUCAGCAGCGCGUUCUUCUUCGCUGGAACCGUCAUCACCACGAUAGGCUAUGGAAACAUCGCCCCCAGGACUGAGGGUGGCAAGAUUUUCUGCAUCCUUUACGCCAUAUUUGGCAUCCCUCUGUUUGGCUUCCUCUUGGCUGGGAUCGGUGAUCAACUAGGGACCGUGUUUAUGAAGAGCAUCCUGAAGGUGGAGAAAGUUUUCAGGCAAAAACACAAGCAAAUCAGUCAGACCAAAAUCCGCGUCACCUCCACCAUACUCUUCAUCAUCGCUGGCUGCAUCAUUUUUGUCACCAUCCCAGCGGUGAUUUUCAAACACAUCGAGGGAUGGAGUACUUUAGAAGCCAUUUACUUCGUUGUCAUCACUCUCACAACCGUCGGCAUUGGAGAUUAUGUAGCAGGUGGUGAUCGAAAAAUAGAAUACAUGAAAUGGUACAAGCCUCUGGUCUGGUUCUGGAUUUUGGUGGGUCUGGCGUAUUUCGCUGCAGUCUUGAGCAUGAUUGGAGACUGGUUCAGGGUUCUGUCCAAGAAAACAAAAGAAGAGGUCGGAGAGUUUAAGGCCCAUGCGGCAGAAUGGAAGGCAAAUGUCCGCGCAGAGUUACGCGAGACACGGCGACGCCUCAGCGGUGAGAUCCACGACAAACUUCAGCGGGCGGCCACCAUCCGCAGCAUGGAGCGCAGGCGUCUGGGUCUGGAGCAGAGGGCGCAUUCGCUGGACAUGCUGUCGCCUGAAAAACGGGCCGUCUUCGCCAGUCUGGACGCCGGGCGCUUUAAGACCUCCUCGCAGGAGAGCAUCGACACUAAACUGAACAACCUGCGACUGAAGGCCGAGCGUGGCGAACAGCAGGCGUCCUCCGAUGAAAACAUCUUCAACCGCUUCGGCUCGCUCACCAAACUGGCCAAGCGCAACAGGAGCAAAGACCUCCGCAGGAACAUCCCAGAAGACGCCAGCAAGCUGGGCGAUGUCCUCAGCAGCAACAGCAGCAACGUCGCUCUGGGAGAGGAGAGGAGAGAGGAUGAGGAGGAGACGGAGGAAGAGAAAACAGCAACGGAGGCCAACACUGGCUUCACGUGUCUGCCUCACUAUCCUGAGGAACCCAAACAGCAGAACGGUUUCGCACCGGCUCAGGCCAAAGAACAAGAGCGAAAUAAAAGACUGGAGCAGAAAGAACAUCAACCGUAGGCAGACAAUGACAGGGUGAAAAUGUGCCUUUGUGUUUUGUAAGCUGCGGCUCGAUCAGCUGCAGUUGAUUUUCACUGUGACAAAUGACAAGUUGCCAAAAAUGUGAAAAGACAUGGAGAGCUCAAGGAAUACAGAUUGACAUCACCUUAAAGAGACAGUUCGCCAAAAAAACGGGAAAUUCUGUCAGUGUUUACUCACCCUCAUGUUGUUCCAAACCUGCAUGAAUUUCUUUCUUCAGUGGAAAGCUCCAAAAAUGACAAAAAAAAACCCAUCAUAAAAGUACUGUAACAAUAGACUGUAUGAUUCACGAUGCUUUGUGUGAGGAACUGAAAUUGAAGUCAUUGAAAACUUUUCAAAUUUCCAAAACGCUUAAGUCAUUGAUGUUGAAUUAGGUGCUAUAUGUCUUUUGUCAUUUGAAUGCGAUUGACAGCUGUGAUGAAGUGAAGAUUUCAGUGAAUAAUAGCUUUUUGUGAGCUUACUGUUAAUCAUUUCAUAUUAUUAUUAUUAAUAUGAAAAAGAGCUCCUGCAAUACAUCUGCAUUAGUCAGUUCCACAGAAAAAGCAACUGAAAUGGGUUUGAAGUGACAUGAGGUCAUGUAAUAUGUCAUACUUAUUUAUUUUUUAGAUUAACUAUACCUUUAAAAUGUAUUACUUAUGUUCUUUACAACUUCAAGACCGAUUAUUCAUCAUAGAACAGUCAACAGAGACUUUUUGAAGGACUUUUGCUCUUUUCAAAGGUGUGUUCUGAAUCGCCGAAAGCCUUUUUUGCUUUAAAUCGUGAUGUCUUUUGGAAAGCAAACCUGCAUGAAUAUCCACUGCUGCUCAGAUGAGUCCAUCAUCUAUGAUGGCAAAUCACAAACUUCUGUAAAACACUAAUUUAUUCAGUUUGGUUGAAAAAUUGACACAUUCUCAAUAACCUUUUGAUUGUGAUGCCAGAGUUUAAACAACAAUGACUUUAUAGCUGUUGGUGAAAUAUUGCAUUCACACUGAACUCUAUAAACAUAUCAACCCCCCUGAAAAUGACUGGAAUCAAAGCCAUAUUGAUGAUAUUCAAUAAGAGCGAAACCCAUUUUACUAGAAGUAUUAGAACCAUGAAGAAAUGGCAACUUUAUGAGGUAUGCAGCGAUCCCAAAAAGUUUCAGGACUCUUAAGUCACACAUAAGAGUGUGUGAAUAUCAUUGCAUUAAGUAAUACAACACAUCACAGCAAGAGAUAUUUUCUAUAAAGGAAGAUGCAACCGUUACAAAACACAUCACAAAAAUGUUGCACCAUUUUAAAUGAUUAAACAAUGCAGUCCAUUGGACUGUAAUUGGUAAAAUUAGUUGCAUAAGAAUUUUUUAUUUGUCUUGAAGUGGUAAAAUUAGACACAAAUCAUAUUUUACAUUGGCUUUAAAAUUAGUUGCAAAUGAUGUUUUACUUUUUUAGAGACCGAUAUUUGCAAAUACUUUUUGGGGUUGCUGUAAAUCCUCAGUUAUUCCAUCAUUGCCAUAAAACAGUCUGAUUUGUUAAGUUUCACCUGAUAUCAGUUUUUUAUGCCCACAGAACAAAGUCUUCCACUGUUAUUCAAAAAUACGGUAAAAAGUGUGAAUGCAUAAAUAAAACAUUGGCUUUUUUGAUCCACAACAGUGAAU